CAAUUCUCGUCUAGCAAACCCCUCCCUUACCAGCUCGAGCCCAGUCACAUUCCUUUCAUGUUCAAUACUGAGCAGCAACAAGCAAUUGCAACAAUGUGAUUUUCAACUUCGGAUAUUCGAACAUCUUUGCCGAGGAUAGGCAAAAAUUACAGAAGGAAGAUUGGGUUGGAACGAUCCGUAUGGAAUUGUCAACGUAUGGAAUUGAGAGGGGUUGUUUUUAUUGCAGGUGAGAAUGGAAACAUAUGUCGCCUGUUGCUCCGCAGUUCCGUUUCACGCGCAGCACACACACCAUGAGUUCAACUGGUGGCAGGUCCUGCUAAACCUGAACAGACCGUGAGUGUGUUGGUGGAGGCUCAUCAGUCUCCAGUAUGGAGUGUUUGGUAUGAGCCGUGGCCGGUCUGUUGGUCCUUGGGCCGGUCCAGUGGUGAGGUGUCCCUGUCCCUUGGCGGGAUGCUGAGGGCUGGUGGUCCCCACCAGUAUGACUCCCCUGGACCUGUGGCUGUCCCGCUCCAUCCCCAUGUGCCUGCUCCUCCAGAGCCUGGUCCUCAUGGCCCUGUGCUUCCCCUCCGCCUCCAUGUGUCCCAAGGGCUGCGUCUGCCAGCGGGCCCGACCCGACCCGGGCCUCCACCUCGGCCCGGGGCCCCUGGGGCUCUUCCUUGGCCUCAAUGUCACCUGUACCGGGUCCCGGCUCAAAGAGAUCCCCCCGGACCUGCCUCCAGACACCGCCGUGCUCCGCCUCGACCACAACCAGAUCAUGGCCGUCCCCGACCAUGCCUUCCGGGGCCUGAGGCUGCUGCGGGAGCUCAACCUGUCCCACAACGCUGUGGAGACGCUGGAGGAGGGUGCCUUCAGUGGCGUGGAGGCCACACUGCAGGUCCUCGACCUCUCACACAACCGCAUCACUAGUGUGCACAAGGAUGCAUUCGCCCGGCUCAAAGCGCGGGUCCUGGUGGAUGACAACCCCUGGCACUGUGACUGCACCCUGCAGCAGGCACUGGGCGGCAUGGCCCACAACCACGAGGCGGCUGCACGCGUCCUCUGCCGGAGCUCCGAGCUCCAGGAGCAGGAGGGACGCCAUUUCCUGGCGGUGGACACAGACCUGUGUAACCUGGCCAAGAGGACCACGGACUACGCAAUGCUGGUGACGAUGUUCGGCUGGUUCGCCAUGGUCAUCUCCUACGUGGUGUAUUACGUACGGCAGAACCAGGAGGAUGCCCGGCGACACUUGGAGUACCUUAAGUCGCUGCCCAGCAAGCCUGUGAAGCCCAACGAGGUGGAGGACAUCAGUACUGUGGUGUAACAGGACAUCAUCACUACUAGACACUAUAGGACAUCAGUACUCCAGUGUGACAUCCCUGUAGUGAGAACUGACAUCACUAUAGUGAGAACUGACUGUAUACAAUAUAAUUAGAUUGCCUAAUUAGUUCUAGAAUUAGAAUGACUAAUUGAUUCUAAUUCUAUGCAUGAACAGCAGAAGUUCAGAACUAAACCCGGAGAUAUAGGACCCAUAUUUCAAGAUGGAUGUAACGUCUUCUGUUGUGAAAAUGUUUUUUUGAUGUACUCAAAAGAAAUCAUGAUAGAUUAAACCUGGAUCCUUGCAUUUGAAGCUUCACACCCAAUAUGUGUUAAUUACAAAGGUAAACACUGAGAAAGCCCAAUUUUUAAAGAGGAGAAAUGCUUAAACGUUAGUGUUUGUCUGUAGACGUCAAUCUAAAGACAAGCAUUUUGGAAUGCACAGUGUACAUGUGCAUAGACAACAGCAGUUAGUUCAGAUCACAUUAACAGAAGGGUAAAGUCUAUGGGGGUACCACAGAUGGCUUCUUUGAGAUCUGUUCUGAGAUUGUUUUGAAAAUCUGAAUCUCAGGUUUAAAUUUUGAUAGGUUGAUAAGUAUUUUUUUAGAGCAAAAUCUGGAGAAAUGGUUUUUGGACAACAUUUUUGUAAGGUAAUGAUAACAGGCCUUUGAUCUAGAGGGUGUUCUGUGCUUGUGCAUCCAACUGCAUACUUUGUUUAAUUUAAUUUGAAUAAAUAAUAGGCCCCAAACAUCAAUCAUGAAACUUACCUUUACUUUCCAAAUGUGAAAUAAUUAGAAUCAAUGAUUUGUUAAAAUGAUCAUGACAUCACCAAUGUUGAAAAACGACUGAUGUGCUGUAAAAAUACUAAACAUUUCUUCCUUAA